GUCAUACAGUUUUUGGCGCCACGGACGUGUCAGUUUUGCCGGUCCUAGCCAUCUUGGAGGAAAGUCACGUGGUGUCCGUCGGUCCGGUAUUAUUUUUAUAUUAUUGUAAAAUCAUAUACUCAUCUACUUUUAUUCUAUAAGUUGUCCAAAAUCUUUACGGUAGCUGAGUUAUUCGGUAUCGUUGUUAUUAUAUUGUAUUGUUUUUAAUUAUACCAUUUUGUUAUAUUGUUAUACUACUGUGGGGACGCCCGCAUCAUAAUUAUUAUUGAUAUUUUGCUGUAUUAUAUAUAUAUUAAUUCGUAGAAGUUUGCUUGAUAUAAUUAUAUAGUUAUAAGUUGGUUACCCGUUCCUGUCUACUACACUUACGCAAGUUGCGGCAGAAAACUGCAUAUAUCGUAAGUUCUGUCGCAGCGAAAACAUUUUGGUAGCAGAGCGUGGUUUUUGGGACCCGGGGAGGUUCAGUGAGCGUAGGUUGUAGACGUUUAUUUAAUUAGGUAUUUAUUUGGGUGCUAACUUAGAUUAACUUUUUUAUAUAACAGGUCAAUUAAAUAUUGUUCACUAUCUUGAAUUUAAUUUGUUACACGGUCACGUAUUUUAUGCGCGUUUGAUUAUCUGGUCUAUUAUUGUCCGACAGUAAAGUUGCUCGUGUAUUAUUUUAUUAUCAUUAUUUUCACGUAUGAUCGUAGCUAAUCGUAGGUAAAUCGUCAUCAUGACUGAUACAAAAGACCUUGAACGAUUAACCCGUGGUAAGGCCCGUGCGGAAAUAUUACGUUCAAAUGCGAUAGCUAGUAUAAGAUCGGUUCACGGGUUAGCGUUGCGCGUUUCGAGUGAACCUAACGUGGCUCCUCAAUUUUUAAUUGCCGUGACCGAUUUAGACAUGUUAUGGUCUCAGUUUAAGUUGGAGGACGAGUCGGUUUUAGAUUUUUUGAUAAAACUCGACAAGACGAGCGAGUACUCGUCAGGUAUGCCUGCUGAAGUCCGGGCACUUAUUUCCGAAUCAAAAGCGAUCGCUGAUAGUCUUAUCCCAAAAGGCGCGGAUGCCCUCGAUAUGUCGUACAUUAAUUCAAAUUUUACAUCUGGUAAUGUUCCAAAACCACCAGCCCCACCUACCGGCGUCAAUAAUUCGACUUCUCGUCUGCCGGAGAUACCGUUGCCGAAAUUCGAUGGUGAUUUCAGGUACUGGCCCACCUUCCGCGAUAGAUUUAAGGCGUUGGUGGACAGUAGGUCCAACCUAACACCUAUAGAUAAAAUGUAUUAUCUAAUCGGCUGCCUACGCGGGUCAGCCGCGGAAGCAGUGCGUAGCAUACCGGUCGCGUCUGAUAGCUACGAGUUAGCAUGGACAACGCUGUCAAAUAGGUUUAAUCGCCCGCGAAUGGUUGCGACGUCUUUAGUCGAUAAAUUGUUAAACAUCCCGUCGACCACUCAAGAGUCACUACAAGAGUUAACCAAUUUUAUGUGCGAGGUCAGCGAGUCCGUGUCGCUAUUAAAUGCGCUUAACAUUCCGGACUUCGGCUCAUUUUUAUUAUUCGCGCUAGCAUUCCGCCGCUUGCCAAUAUCCACCCGUAAAUUGUUCGAAUCGACCGUGACGUCCGACUAUCCGUCAAUGAGUGAGCUGUUGACUUUUGUUGGGACGCGUGUGUCUAUACUAGAGCUUGUCGGCGAAUCGUCGAGUAAAACCAACAAAAGCACCGCAUCAUUAAAACCAUUUCACGGCGAUCAACCGCGCAAGGGGGGAGAUCGGUAUAAAGGGCAACAGCUGUCUCACGCUGCAUCAUUAGUUACGGCCGCGCCGAAUAAAACCUGUCCAUGUUGCUCGGAGUCUCAUUCACUAGAUUCGUGUCCCCGUUUUAAGUCCUGGUCAGUGGAUGAGCGUACCCGUUGGACUAAGGAGAAAAAACUAUGUUUUAUGUGCUUUAGUGCCGGUCAUUGGUCUAAUCAAUGUAAAUCUAAGACCCGGUGUCACCACUGUAAUCGCAGGCAUCACUACCUGGUUCAUAUUCAGCCGUCCGAACAACACAAUAGGGACGAAGCUCCGCGGUCCGAUACGUCGUUAUGCACGUCUGCCGCGUUACACCAGUCGAGCGCCAGUUCCGUUGUGUUGGGUACCGCUUUGGUACAUGUACGCGAUCGCGCGGGGGAGUGCCAAACGAUGCGCGCGUUAAUCGAUUCGGCGUCGCAAAUUAGUGCAAUCACAUCGUCAUGUGUUGAACGGUUAGGACUUAAAUGUGCACGUUGGACGUCGCCGAUAACCGGUUUGGGCGGCGUUCCUGUUGUUAACGUCCAAGGCCGCGUCGAGUUUUCAGUUCAACCUCGGUUUGCGAUCGAACCAAUAUUAGCCGUACAUGCAUGGGUUUUACCGUCGAUCACGGCCGACCUGCCGCGAAAUACUUUGCCAUCUACUAUAAAAGAUAGGUUUUCAAAUUUGGCAUUAGCCGAUCCUACAUUUAAUAUCGCCGCCCCUAUUGAUAUAUUGUUGGGGGGUGAUGUGUACCCGUCCGUAAUGAACGGUAGAAAAAUAAUCGUCGAUACUAGUCUACCCGCCGCGUUUAGCUCAAUUUUCGGUUGGGUAGUGAUCGGCCCGGUGUCCGAUGUUGAAAUAGGCCCCGUCCAUUCACUGCCCGUAUCUCUUACGGCAUCCAUCGAAGGUUUGAUGGAAAAAUUUUGGCAUGUAGAGGAGCCUAUCGCUGCGCCCGACAGUUUUACUGACGAGGGUCGAUGCGAAUCUAUUUUUCGCGACCAAUUCACACGCUUACCGACAGGUCGGUUUUCAGUACCGCUACCGUUCCGUGUACCUGUAUCCGACACCGCUUUCGCUGGCUCGCGGGACACCGCCGUACGACGUUUCGAGUCUUUAGAGCGCAAGUUAUCGAGAGACCGAAAACUCCGAGAACUGUACAUUAACUUUAUGCGCGAUUAUAUAUCAUUAGGGCACAUGUCAAUCGCCACGUCGCCGGGAACGUAUUAUAUCCCGCACCACGCCGUGUAUCGGCCUGAAGUUGAUAGUAAUAAAAUACGUGUAGUGUUCGAUGCAUCAGCGGGUAAUCAUCGCGGGCAGUCGUUAAAUAGUUGCUUAUCACCCGGUCCAAAAUUGCAACAAGAUAUUGUCGACAUUAUUACGCGUUUCCGGUUGUACCGUCAUGCCUUUACGGCUGAUAUUGAAAAAAUGUAUAGACAAAUAUCUGUGUUACCGACCUACCGAAAAUAUCAACACAUAGUGUGGCGCGAGUCGCCCCAUGAUAAAUUGUGUGAUUACGAACUACAUACUGUAACAUACGGCGUAAAUUGCGCGCCGUUCCUCGCGUUGCGCGUGUUAAAAGCAAUAGCGGCCGAAGAUUGCGAUAACUUUGUGUCGGUACGCGCGGCAUUAGAGCGUCAAACGUACGUCGAUGAUAUUUGUGUCGGGGCGGAUACAGAACAGGAGGCUGUCGAACUCCAAUCAAAUUUAAUCUCCGUUUUAAAAAUGUCCGGUAUGGAAUUAAAAAAGUGGUCGUCCAAUACGCCGUCAAUUCUAAAUUUAAUUCCAACCGAUAGUCGCGCGUCGGGACCACUUCCGUUCGACACAGGCGAUGGGUAUAUCACGAAAAUGCUAGGGAUCGAGUGGCAUCCCGAUCGUGAUGAAUUUUGUUGUGCUCUCCGUCUUGACCAAACGCCGGUGUUCACAAAAAGAGGCCUGUUGUCACUAGUCGCGCGUAUAUUUGACCCUUUAGGGUUUUUCGCGCCCUCAAUUUUUCGUGCGAAGUCCAUAAUGCAACGGACAUGGUGUAGUGGGUUAACGUGGGAUGCGCCACUACCUGAUGAUAUCCACGCGGAAUGGGCCGCUUUCGUCGCUGACUUAGCAUCGUUACUUACUAUCCGAGUACCGCGGUACGUAAAUACGCAACAAGGAUCACCAUGCUUAUUAUUAGGGUUCUGCGACGCGUCGCAGCUCGGGUACGCGGCCGUAGCGUACGUGCGUGUCAUUGAUGCUCCGCCCGAUAAAUGUAUUUUUCUUCUUGGAGCAAAGACCAAAUUAGCACCAGUGAAAACGUUAACUGUGCCGCGUUUAGAGCUGAAUGCAGCCGUGCUGCUGGCCCGUUGGUUAGGUCGGUUACGUCAUAUUCUCGCGCCACAAUUAAAUAUAAUCAAUACUCACGCUUGGUCCGAUUCGACCAUAGUGUUAUCGUGGGUAACGGUUCCCCACGAUUCAUUCAAAACUUAUGUUUCCAACCGGGUACACCAAAUUCACAAUCUACUACCUGAUUGUCAAUGGCAUCAGAUUGAGUCCGCUAAUAACCCCGCCGAUUGCGCGUCGCGGGGCCUUAUGCCGUCGGAACUAGUACAUUUUUCACUUUAUUGGCAUGGACCGCCCGUUAUUUAUUCUGAUACGUCAAGUUGGGAACCCAGUCCUACGCCGACAAAUAUAUGUGAGUUACCCGAAGCUCGACCAGUUGUUUGCGCCGGCCGGGCCGAUGAUGUGCCCGUCGAGUGGUUCGCAUCUUUUUCGUCAUUUGAUCGAUUAAUCCGAGUGACAGCGCGCGUUCUCCGUUUUAUUAGUCACUUUCGCGUAUUUCGUAAACGUAAUUCAUGUUUGUUUCCACCCGAUAAUCUAUCCGAUUCGGACGACGGUCGUGUUCUACACUUAUCCGUGUACCUAUCAAAAUUGGAACUUGACAACGCGACUCGUAUUAUCAUUUUAGAAUCGCAACGUGUUCAUUUUGCCGUACUGCGCCGUGAACUGUCCCAUGCCGCGCGCGUGUCACUAAAGUCAUUGGCCAAACUGUCACCAUUUAUUGAUACCGACACAGUAAUACGCGUAGGUGGUCGCCUUAAGCACUCCUCGUUAAAUUACAACUGUAAACACCCGGUGCUGUUAGCCAAAAAUUCACACCUCGCUAGGUUAAUAGGUGAGCGAUGGCAUCGAUUAACAUGCCAUUCGGGACCACGCGUAAUGGCGGCUCUUAUAUUACGACAAUAUUGGAUAGUGUCGAUCAAGUCGGUGCUGCAUAAAGUAUUAUCUCGUUGUAAUGUGUGUGUGCGAUUAAACGCCAGACCAGUCCAACCGUUUAUGGCAGACUUGCCCGCCUCGCGUGUGCAACAGUGUAGACCAUUCGCUCGUGUCGGCGUUGAUUUCGCCGGACCGUUACAAAUGCGCGAGCUUGGACUCCGAAAGUCCCGCACUGUUAAAAUUUAUGUAUCGGUCUUCGUCUGCUUUACAGUAAAAGCUGUUCACUUAGAAGUGGUAUCCGACCUGUCUACAAACGCGUUUCUGGCCGCGUUCGACCGUUUUGUUGCCCGACGGGGAUUACCCACCGAUGUGUUUACUGACUGUGGAACGAAUUUUAUCGGGGCCAAUAAACAAUUACAUGCGCUCGUUAAUAGUACGGACGGUCAAGUAGCCAUCGCUAAUGCACGCACUGCUUGCGAUUGGCAUUUUAAUCCGCCAAGCGCCCCGCACUUUGGGGGCUUGUGGGAGGCAGCGGUACGUUCAACAAAAAGGUUGUUGACCCGUGUCAUCGGCGUUCACUCAUUUACGUACGAAGAGUUUACCACAGUGCUGACUCGUAUAGAGGCUGUGUUGAACUCUCGGCCAUUAACUCCCGCGUCUACCGACCCUCAAGACCUAGAGUGUUUAACCCCGGGUCAUUUUCUGAUCGGUCAGCCAUUACUAGCUGUACCGCCGCGGUCGACUCCCGAUGCGAAACGUAAUCUCCGGGAUAGGUGGAAAUUGCUUGACCAAUGUCACCAGGCCUUUUGGCGACGAUGGUCGACUGAAUAUUUGACCACGCUCCAGGAACGCCCUAAGUGGACCCACAAUGUCCCUAAUAUUAAUGUUAACGAUAUGGUGGUUAUCAUAGACAAUAACAGUGCUCCACUAAGGUGGCGACUAGGUCGUGUUAUGGAGGUGUCUCCGGGAGAUGACGGUACGGUACGUGUCGCAAAGGUGCUGACCAGUACCGGGUUAAUUACGCGACCGGUGGUAAAACUAGUUCUUCUUCCCGUCGACGGGUAAUCACGAAUUGAUGGUGGUCGCCGCAGUCGCCAUUACUUAUUAUUAUUAUUUUUAUUGUUUUGUCUAUUCCUACGGUGCUCACUGAAUCACCUGGGGGGACCAUAUUACUUGGGGACCAUCCUUUUAUUAUAUUUAUUCUAUUAUUCUAAUUUAUUUAUUAAUUUAUUACUUGUGCCUGUAUGUAAUUUAAUGUGUAUUAUUUAUGUAAGCGGCACUAUUGUUAUAGGUGUCUGGAAUUAUGUCUGAGGUUAUUUAUUUAUGUAUUUUAUUUGUAAUGUUGUUAGUAUGAUGAGUAUUUGAGUUUAAAUUAGUAAAAAAAAAAAAAAAUGUGUAUAAUUAUCGGAUCAGCAGAUAGACGUUACUCAAUCCGUGCUCUUCUACCGUGUAUUCAAGGUCCACUGCUACCAUCGCCGAAGUCCAGCAAUGUGAGGCAAAGCCUCCCAAGGGGGAGGAUGUUCGAACCUGGCCAAUGUUCGCGCGCUUGUCGCAGAAUUUCGCCUAAAAACAAGUGUUAUAACCUAUAUAUACCUACCCGACAGACAACAGCUGUCGCACCUCUGCCCCCCGCGCCGUGCGUUUUUAUCGCACUCGUCGCCAUUGUCGGCGCGAACCGGCUUUUUUCUUUGCGGUCAACUGGCACUUGCCUUUGCACCUCGCAUCUGUCGAGUUCGCGACGUGACUGUGGUCACCACAAGUGCGCCUUAAC